AUCUGAGAUGCUGCUGCUCCACCGCUUGUACUUUAUUGUUGCUCUAUCACAACGCCAUUUCACCAGUCUCGUCUCAAUUCAGGUCUUUCCCACGCUCCACGGCCAUUCCUUUGAUGAACACAAAACAUCUUAGAAUUCCUCCCUCGAUCAGCAAGCAUUUAGCGUCUCGAACGGCUAGAUCUUUCUCCUCUCACCGGCCAACCAUGACUGACAUAACCGCCCUCCGACCCAUCGUCCUCUCAGGCCCUUCUGGCACUGGAAAAUCCACACUCCUCAAACGCCUUUUCUCUCAGCACCCCGAUCUGUUCGGUUUCAGCGUUUCCCACACGACGCGGAAGCCUCGCCCAGGCGAAGAAGAUGGCGUCCACUACCACUUCACCACUACGGAUGCCUUUGAGAAGUUGAUCGAGGAGAAUGCGUUCGUGGAACACGCUAAAUUCGGAGGAAACUACUAUGGCUCAUCGAAAGCGGCGGUUCAGGAUGUUGCCGAUGGCAAAGGCAAGAGCAUCGACGGAACUACAGCUGAAGGCAAGAGAAUAUGCAUCUUUGACAUUGAGAUGGAGGGUGUCAAGCAACUCAAGAAAAGCCCGCUGAACCCUAGAAUCUGUUUCAUUCAGCCCCCAAGCGUCGCUGAGCUAGAACGUCGACUGCGUGGCCGUGGAGAUACCAGUGAAGAUUCAAUCCAGAAGCGGUUGGCACAGGCCAAGAACGAGAUGGAGUACUGCAAGACAGAAGGCAAGAACGACAAGGUCAUCAUCAAUGAUGAUUUGGAUGCCACUUUCAAGGAACUGGAUGAGUGGGUCAUGAAAGACAUUUCUGCUCCUUGAGGGCAGGCUGGCCGACAGAGGUCGUGUCCUCCAGAGAUACGAAUGAUGAGUACAGCAAUGCGAUAGACGAGUCUAGUUAGACAUUUUUUAGACACAGCAAGAUAGAAAGAAUUGUCAUGAGAAAUAUUAUACCA